AUGUACAAAUUUCACAUUGUCAUCACCCUGGCUGCCAUCUGGCCUGAUUAUGCUAAAGCUCGAAUGCGUCGUGCUGCCGAGAAUGCUGGUCUUCUUGAGGAGCGCCCUGCUGGGAAGACAGCUCUGGCAUUUGUUUCAGAGCCCGAAGCUGCAGCUCUGGCUACGAUGAGAGACCUUGCAGGACGACCCAAUAUUAAGAUUGGAGACCACUUCGUCGUUUGUGAUGCUGGGGGUGGCACCGUCGACCUCAUCAGCUAUGAAGUCCUGAGCCUGAAACCUAUGGUCGUUCGCGAGGCUGUCAAGGGAGAUGGCGACUUGUGCGGCGGCGUCUUCCUCGACAAGGCAUUUGUCGAUCUGAUCAAGGAAAAGGUCACCUCGAAAGCCUGGGAGAAAGUUCCCAAGGACGAGGCCGCGAAUUUUCUCAAUAUAGAUUGGGAACACGGGGUCAAGCAGCAGUUUGACGGCCAGGUUCAAGACUGGCAAAUCAAGCUACCUCCUGAGUGUGUGACAAAUAGAAGGUCACAACGAGGCAUCAAGCGAAAGCAGACCCUGAUGCUCAACCAUCAAGACCUGCUCCUUGUGUUUGAGCCUAUUGCCAAAGGGAUUAGUUCGCUGGUCCAGAAGCAGAUUGAUGGCGUUCAAGCCAAGUCGGGCAAGCUUCCAAAGAUCUUUAUCAAUUAG